GAAAGCUCCACCCGGACUCCAGUGCAGAGUACUGAGCUGGGUCAGGCCUUUGUCCCACGCUUGUAGACAGAGGAGGGCACUGAGAAGCGAGUGUCCCUACUGAGUACCCAAUACCCCCGAAGGAGGCUCCGAAAAGUGGCCUGUCAGGAAUCACCUCUACUGGGACAGCAGUAAAGGCCGCGAGACAGAAAGCCAGGGACCACGGACAGCCCACCUGGUGGUGGCAGCAGCUUCUGUCUCUUGCCUCUGUGGGCAGACUUGGCGGUGCCGGUGCCAUGGUGGUGCUGCACAGCACCAACACGGGGAGCGAUGGGGUAUGUGUGCCGUUGGAGCCCUUCCUGCACCAGGUUGGUGGCCACCUGAGCAUGCUGCAGUACGAUGCACACACAGUCUGCAAGCCCCUUAACUCCCAAGAGCAGAAGUUCUACGAGUCCCUGCCCCUGGCCAUGAGGUGUUUCACCCCGCAGUACAAAGGUACCAUUACGGUGCACCUCCGGAGAGACAGCAGAGGCCAUCUUGGCCUGGUCGCCAACCCACUGAAGGAGAACUUGGAGCCUCUCCAGGUCUCCCCAGAUUCCAGAGCCGUAGCCAUCUGGCAGACACUUCAGCAGCCAGCCAGCAAUGGGAGCAGCCCCCGUCCCCUGGCUCAGCUGGCACACUCACUUAAGGAAAGCACAGCCAAGGUGCUUCUGAGCUCUGACUGCCACCUCAGUACGCAGGCCUCCCCACAGGAGGAAAGUGCGGAUGGAAGCCAGGUGGAAAGAAGGGGCUUUAACCCUUGGGGACUGCACUGUCACCAAGCCCACCUGACCCGCCUGUGUUCUGAGUACCCAGAGGACAAACGGCACCGGUUCUUGCUCCUGGAAAACGUGGUAUCACAAUACAAGCAGCCCUGCAUCCUGGAUCUAAAGAUGGGGACCCGGCAGCAUGGGGAUGACGCGUCGGAGGAGAAGAAGGCCCGUCACAUGAAGAAGUGUGCGCAGAGUACUUCAGCCUGCCUGGGCGUGCGCAUCUGUGGCAUGCAGGUUUAUCAAACUGCUAAGAAGAGUUUUCUCUGCAAAGACAAAUACUACGGAAGGAAACUCUCGGAGGAGGGGUUCAGGCAAGCCCUUUCCCAGUUCCUCCAUGAUGGAACCCGCCUACGCACAGAGCUCCUGGAGCCCAUCCUUCGCAGGCUGCAGGCUCUGCUCACGGUCAUCCGGAGCCAGAGUUCCUACCGCUUCUACUCCAGCUCCCUCCUCAUAAUCUACGACGGACAGGAGACCACUCAAGGCAGCCCGUCCGGUGCCCCUGCCAAAGUUGAUGUCCGAAUGAUUGACUUCGCUCACGCGACGUACAAGGGUUCCUGGAAUGAGCACACCACCCACGAGGGACCAGAUCCUGGCUAUAUUUUUGGCCUUGAAAACCUCAUCGGGAUUCUUCAGGAUCUCCAAGAGGGAGAAUGAAGGUUCUUGGAACUUCCUGGAAUCUUCUGGGCUACAGAUAUUGCAAAGGGACCUAAGCUAGAGUAGCCUAACUCCAUCCCUUGUAGGUGUCUUUGUAAUGACCAUAUCUACCUUCUGUGCAUCUCUGUGCAUGGCAAACAGCGUUGGCAGUUGCCACAGGAAUCUGCUCCGCAGGCAUCCGCCCCUCACCGGGCAUCUUCUGCAGUGCAGCUCCUCUUGGAGCAGACAGUAGAGGUGCCACCAUCAUCAGCGCACAGGACGGGGUAGCCUGGGUCAGAGGCCAGCACUGCAGCAAUGCAGGGUGCCUGCAUUCCAGAAUGCUUGCUUUUCCGUUGCCGUGCUGCAGUCCCCAACAGCCAGGAGGGAGAGAAAAAAACCAAACCAAUCUCCUGGAAGAAGUCUUGAGGGAAAUUCUGCUUGUGGGGCUCGGCCACGCCACAGGCAGGCACAGCUGAUGCCUCCCACCUCCUACAAAGAGAUAUAGGUGGGACAGGAGUAAGUGAGCCCAUUAGUCCAUCCUGCCUGCCUUGGACUCAGGUUCUGAAUGGACAAGAGCACUGGCCGGGGUGUGGUGGGGUAGCUCAGUAGGAGGCUGAAGCUUGCGUGCAGGAGCCCCUGGGCUCCAAACAAGAAUAACAGUGAUAACGAAUGGGUGAACAAGGAUAGGCCCAGGCAGACCCUGAUACCCCCCCCCCCGCAUGUGAGGGGAGGAGCCCAGACAGACUUCUGGGGGGCAUGAGGGGAGGUGUCCCCACAGACUUCUGGGGGCAUGGAAUGAGCAAGUCUGCCACACUGUGAUCACAGGAUGAGCCUGACCUGGAAACGCAGCUUCCAGUGGAGGCAGAGUACACCAACAGAGGAGCCAAUAGCCUGGAUUCCCCAUUUCUAUUUAUUUAUUUUGGGUGUGGGUAGGGGGAACCCAGAGCGAUGUUUACAAGAGCAGCGCAAGCGAGGAAACCAGAGCAAACAGGUCCAACGACAACGUCCUUCUUCUGCAGCAUUGAAACUUACUACAAUGCCCUGGAGCCCGCCGCAAUGCUAUGCUCCCCAAUUAAGGAAAUCAAUUUGUUAAUAAAAUUGCUGAGGUCACCAGUGAUUAUUGGUGUGCCUAAUACCCUUUCUGUUCA